AUGCUGCAUUUCCUUGCCGUUGUGUUGCUGGUAGUUCUCAAAUUUAGUUUUGUUAGCCUCUCAACCCUGCAGCACUGGAACUGUCCUGAAGGUUCUCCCUCCAGAAAUGAGAAUUCUACUUGUGCGGGUCCUAUGCCCUUCUUAAUUUUCUCCCAUGGAAAUAGUAUCUUUAGGACUGACUUGGAAGGAAUGAAUUAUGAACAAUUGGUGGCAGAUGCUGGCGUAUCAGUGACCGUGGAUUUUCAUUAUAAUGAAGAAAGAAUCUAUUGGGUUGAUCUACAAAGACAACUCUUGGAAACAGUCCAUUUGAAUGGGACAAGGCAAGAGAAAGUAUGUGAUAUAGAUAAAAAUGUUUCAGGAAUGGCAAUAAAUUGGAUCAAUGAAGAACUUAUUUGGUCAAAUCAACAGGAAGGAAUCAUUACAGUAACUGAUAUGAAAGGAAACAAUUCCCGGGUUCUUGUAAGUGCCUUAAAAUAUCCUGCAAAUAUAGCAGUUGAUCCAGUAGCAAGGUUCAUGUUUUGGUCCUCAGAGGUGGCUGGCAGCCUUCACAGAGCAGAUCUUGGUGGUGUGGAAGUGGAGCUUCUGUUGGAGACAUCAGAGAAAAUUGCAGCUGUAUCACUGGAUGUGCUUGAUAAACGGCUCUUUUGAAUUCAGUACCACAGAAAAGGAGGUGAUCCUCGUAUUUGUUCCUGUGAUUAUGAUGGCGGUUCUGUCCUUUUUAGCAAAUAUCUCCUGCGGCACAGUCUGCUUGCAGCGUCCUUCUUUGGUGAUCAUAUCUUCUAUUCAACAUGGAAAAAGAAGACAGUUUGGGUAGCUAACAAGCACGCGGGGAAGGAUAUUAAAAUCACCCUCAGCUCAUCAUCUGUGCCACCCAGUGGAAUUAAAGAGGUUCAUCCGCUCAUACAGCCCAGGGCAGAGGGUGAUGCUUGGGCAUCUGAUCAGAAACUCUGCAAACUGAAGAAAGGUAACUGCAGCGGCAGCAUGUGUGAGCAAGAGCCUGUGUCCCAAGUGUGCACGUGAGCAGAGGGAUACACUUUAAGCCAAGAUGGAAGGAUCUGUGAGGAUGUCAAUGAGUGUGCUUUUCAGAAUCAUGGCUGCACAGAGGGCUGUGAAAAUAUCCCUGGAUCUUAUUACUGCACAUGCCAGGGGUAUGUUCUGCUUCCUGAUGGGAAACGGUGUCACCAGUUAAUUUCCUGCCCAAGCAAUGUGUCUGAAUGCAGUCAUGACUGUGUUCUGACAUCAGACGGUCCCAUACAUUUCUGUCCUGAAGGCUCAGUGCUUGACACAGAUGGAAAAACAUGCAGGGAGUUGCUAUCACCUGAUAACGGUGGAUGUAGCCAGCUCUGCACCCCUCUCAGCCCAGUAUCCUGGAAAUGUGGCUGCCUUCCUGGGUAUGACCUACAGCUGGACAAAAAGAGCUGUAGACCUUCAGGACCACCGCCAUUUUUGAUGCUUGCCAAUUCUCAAGAUAUUCGAUACAUGUAUUUUGAUGGAACAGAUUAUGGAACCCUGCUCCACCAACAAAUAGGAAUGGUUUUUGCCCUUGAUCAUGACCCUGUGGAAAAUAAGAUAUACUUUGCCCAUACAGUCCUGAAGUGAAUAGAAAGAGCUAAAAUGGAUGGUUCCCAGCAAGAAAGACUUCUCGAGGAAGAAGUAGGUUUACCGGAAGGUCUUGCUGUUGACUGGAUUGGCUGUAAACUCUACUGGACAGACAGAGGGAAAUCUCUCAUUGAAGUGAGUGAUUUAAAUGGAAAGUAUCGUGAAAUAAUCAUUAAGGAGGACAUUUCUCAGCCACGAGGAAUUGCUGUUCAUCCGAAGGCCAAGAGAUUAUUCUGGACUGAUAUGGGAAUUAAUCCACGAAUUGAAAGUUCUUCUCUUCAAGGCAGUAGCCAACUGAUUAUAGCUAGCUUGGAUCUGGUGUGGCCCAGUGGAAUAGCAAUUGAUUACUUAACUGACAAAUUGUAUUGGCGUGAUGCCAAGCAGUCUGUGAUAGAAAUGUCCAAUUUGGAUGUUUCAAAAUGUCAAAGACUUGCCCAGAAGGAUGUAGGUCACCCAUUUGCUGUGGCUGUGUUUGAGGAUCACGUGUGGUUCUCUGAUUGGACUAUGCCAUCGAUAACAAGGAUGAACAAGAGGACUGGCAAAAAUAGUGUAUAUCUCCAAGGCAGCAUGCUGAAGCCCUCAUCUCUGGUUGCAGUUCAUCCACUGGCAAAACCAGGAGCAGAUCCCUGCUUCCAUCGAAAUGGAGGCUGUGAACACAUUUGCAAAGAGAGGUUUGGAACUGCUCAACGGCUGUGUCGUGCAGGUUUUGUGAAAGCUCCAGAUGGAAAAACGUGUCUGGCUCUCUAUGGCCAUGGAUGCAGUGGAGCAAAUCGGAGUAAUGGAGUCACACCAUUGGACGUCUCAGCCAGCAGCAGAGAGCUUGAAGGUAACAUGACAGAGUCUCAACUCCUGCUAGUGGCUGAAAUCAUGGUGUUGGAUAAUGAAGACUGUAUGCCACUGGGAUGCAGUACACAGGCUGAGUGCAUUUCAGAGGGAGAGGAUGUCACAUGUCAGUGUUUGAAAGGCUUUGCUGGAGAUGGAAAACAAUGUUCUGAUGUAGAUGAAUGUGAGAUGGGUCUCUCAGUUUGCCCUCCCACGUCCUCCAACUGUGUCAAUACAGAAGGUGGCUAAGUCUGCUGGUGCUCAGAAGGCUACCAGGGAGAUGGAAUCCACUGUCUGGAUAUUGUUACGUGCUGCCUGGGCGUGCACAGCUGUGGGGAAAAUGCCUGCACAAAUAUGGAGGGAAAUUAUACUUACACGUGUGCUGGCAACUUGUCUGAGCCUGGACAGAUUUGCCCUGACUCUACUCCGCUGUCUCACCUUGGGAAGAAUGGACACAAUUUUUUGAAAAAUCGUUUCCCUGAAUGUUCCCCGAAUUAUGAAGGGUACUGCCUCAAUGGUGGUCUCUGUAUAUAUUUUGGCAUUGACACCCUGUUCGCCUGCCAGGCUACACCAGCAAGCGAUGUGAGUACACAGCCUGAGUUGGUGGGAUCUGCACCAUGUCGGCCCGGGGCCGUCUGCGCGGUGGUGCUGCCUUUCCUGCCGCUCCUGGGGCUGUGCGGAGCUCACUACCACAGGACUCAGAAGCAGCUAUUGAAAAAUCCAAAGAAUCCUUGUGAAGAACCAAGCGGAGAUGUGAUCCGUAGCAGGCCUGCAGAUGGCGAAGCUGGGAUGCCUUCUUGCCCCCAACCUUGGUUCGUGGUUGUAAAGGAACAUCAAAACCUCGGGAAUGGGAGUCCACCCGAGGCCCUCACGGAAGGCCUGGCAGCAGAUAUUGGCCAGUUUUCCCCCCUGGAUCCUGCGUCCUUGGAACAGUCAUCGUGGAGAAUGGAGCCCCAGAUGUAUGUGGGCACAGAACAAGGAAGCUGCAUUGCAUCAUCCAACGAUAAAGGCUCCGGUGACCCUGGGAUGAAGUGUAGCUUUCAUCUUAUCUCCGAAAGGGCUCGGCCCAUUGCUGAGGGGGUUGAGAAAUCCUGUCCUCUCCCAUCAGCUUACCCUUUGUGGCAACAAAGGUCUCCACACCAAAUGGAGCUGACACAGUGAAAACUUGAAUUAAAAGUAAGAUCAUAAGGAAUAAACUGUAUUGACGGGCAGUAAUACUUCAUUUUAAAAGUAGAGGAAAAAUACAGAUUUUCCAUCUAUAAUCUCUACAACGAAUCACCUACUCAGAGUUGAAGGCAAAUAUAUAUUGCUUUUUGCUUCUUCCUUCAAGUAGUCUUACUGCAGACUUUCAAGUAAAGUAACCUGCAGAAUUAUUUGGUAUCUCAUUAGACACCAAAAUAGGGAAAAUAGUGCUUUAUAAAUUGUGUUCAAGUGUUCAAUAAUCAAUACAAAUUUUUUUCCUGCCCAGAAGCAAUCUGGGGUUAAAGCAAUCAAUCAUACUGGUUUGGUCAGUUAUAAUUUCUUUUAUUUGGACAGAACAUUUAGCUCAAUCUUAUGAAGUUGCUAGAAUAUUAAAAUUACUGUUAUAAUACAUCGUAGUCCUUUAACUUAUCAUUGGCAUGGUCCAUGAUGGUAAUUUUGCAGAAUGAAUUUUGAUAAAUUAAUGAAAAAUCUACUACUUAGAACCUUAUUUCUUCAAAAUUACAUGGUUUAUUUUUUCUAUUUUAAAAUCUUUGAAGGAAAACUUUUAAACCAUUACCCAAGAGAUUUCUCUGUUUCUGUCAUUACUAUCAUUUUCCCCACAGAAUUUUUUCUUCUAAUGAAAAUGGUAAAUGCCCCCUCUGUAUGUUUGCACAGAAUUUUUACUUAUUUUCAAAAUAUGAGAUUGUAAGCAAAUUGCCUGAUUUAUUUUUAUUUUGGACAGCAAUCAAUUUUUAAAUAAAACCAGU